CUCUAUAAAAAGAUUAAGUGGGAAGUACACUCCAGCACGGGAACUUCCUUUAAUUCCAAAACAACCCGGAAUUUAUAUGUUAUCCAGUCAAUUUAUUGAGGUUAUUCUGAAGGAAAAUCUUGAUUUUGACACUUUAUUUCCUCAAUUGACUGAAGAGGUGAAAGUAGCACUUAUUAAUAUAACAACUGGGUUACCGCAGUGUCUGGAUUCGAAUAAUUUCCCUUCACUCGGCUGUGAAAAUGAAAUAAACGGCGUAAGUAACGUGAUGUCAAGUGUAACAUAUCUAUCGUGUUUGUUAAAGAAAGUUUGUUACAAAAAUGAUACGGCUAAUUUAGUGCAAUUUGCAAACUGUCUAGCAACACUGAGUGCUGCUAGAGUAAGGUUUAUAUUAGAAGAUGUUAAAAGAAAUCUUACAGAAAAAGUAAUCGAAUGUAUUACUAGUAUUUCUUCCUAUAGCCGUCUUGGAGUUAUAAAUUGUGAUUUGAUCGAUAACAUUCUAAAAUUAGAUAUUAAAUCUGCUUUAGAUCAUAUAGAAACAAAUAUUAUCGAGAAGAUAAAAACCAGUUUCGUAACGUUAUUGAAAAUUCUUAGUGGAGAUAUGGAAGCAAAAUGUGUAAAUCCCAAUAAAAUAUUAUAAAUUGUUUGAUGUAAAUUUACGAAAAAGGAAUAAAACAUAAAUUCAA